AUGUGUGGAGGCAGGCGGCGCCGUCGCGACGGUUCUGACGCGGCGGUGGCAGGUUCUGGCGGGCGGGGCUUCUGCGGGACCGCGCUCGCCGUCGUGGCCCUUGCAGCCGCCGCGGCGGUCGCGUUCCUGGAGAGCACCGCCGGCGGCGGCGUGACCUACGUCGGCGACGGGUGGAUCCACGAGUGCGCCAAGUGGGACGCCGAGGGCGGCCGGUUCCUGGUGAGCACCUUCUUGGGCGCCAGCGUGGUCGAGGUGCGCCAAGGGCCGGGGAAGGUGGAGGAGCGGGUCGUCGUGGCGGACCCCGACGUGGCUGGGAAGGUGUCGGUGGGGCUCGCGUUGGACGCGCCCAGGCGGCGGAUCCUCGUGGCCUACGCCGACCGGCCGCCGCGGUUCGGGUACGCCGCCGUGGGCGCGUACGAGCUCGUCUCGGGGCGCCGCAUCUUCCUCACCCGACUUGACGAGCCAGGCGAGUCUACAUUGGCGGACGACGUGGGCGCCGACGAGGACGGGAACACGUACGUGACGGACGUCCUGGGCAGCAAGAUCUGGAAGGUGAGCCCGGACGGCGAGCCGCUCUCAAUCAUAAAGAACGCCACCUUCAUCCAGCGGCCCGGGACGUGGACCAACCUCAUCGGCCUCAACGGCAUCAUCUACCACCCAAACGGCUACCUCCUCGUCAUCCACACCACCGGCGGCGAUCUCUUCAAGGUGGAGCCGAGGACGGGGGCCGUGAGCGUGGUGAAGGUGCUGGGCUCGCUGAAGAGGGGCGACGGGCUAGAGCUGCUCUCCCCGACGAGGCUGGCCGUCGCCGGCAUGCCGACCCGGCUGGUCGAGAGCGCCGACGACUGGGAGACCGCGCGCGUCACGGGCCGGUACGUCGGGCCGGCGCACAGGGUCGGGACUUCGGCGACGGUGAAGGACGGGGACGUGUACGUCAACUACGUCUUCGGAUUCGGGCUCGGCAGGAAGAAGACGCACGUCAUUGGUAAGGCUGUGUUCGCACCUUUGUAA